AGAGAAACAGCCGUCGGGUUGGGAAAACAGAGAGAAGAAGAUAGGGUUGAGCGGGCGUUGAAGAUGGGGGAGCAACAAGAUCCGGAGAAGAAAGAAUUUCUGGAAAAAAGAUCGAAAGGAACAUCCUUUGAACCGGAUCUAAUCUGGGAGGUACUCUCACGGCUGCCUUCGAAAUCUAUAGUGCAGUCUCGGUGCGUGUCGAAGCUCUGCUCCUCCAUAACCACCCAGCCAGGUUUCAUUAGGUCGUUCGCAGCUAGAUCCUCUGAAAGUCCCUGUCUUCUAAUCUUGUUUAAAGACAAGGGCAACAUGUUCGUUUUCUCCUUACCACAACAACAGAAGCAUAAUCUGAAUUCGAACAACCAUGUAGCUGUAGUGGACAGUUAUUCGAUGCCCUGUCCUGGAAAGUAUCACUUUUUAAGCUCUGAGUCAGUCCAUGGCUUGAUCUGCGUUGAGGAACCCUCAGGAAACCCUCAAGUUUGGAACCCAACCACGAGGCGCUUCUCAACUUUACCUAAACCCGCACGUCGCUGGGGAGACGACGACAGGGUGAGCUUUGUAGGAUACGACCCGGUCGAUUGUACAUACAAAGUACUGUCUAUGCCUUGUCGUCGUCCUCGUCAGCCUCGGGCUCUUACACUGGGAGGAGGAGGAGAAGGAGGAGCUCGAUGGAGAGUCAUCAAAGGUCUCCCUGAACACGCCCCUUUCCGACGUGGAGCCCGAUGCGUUAACGGGGUUCUGUAUUAUUUAGCCGCUCCCACUCUUGAUGAUCACCGUGAUAAUCAGUUUCUGGUGAGCUUCCAUGUCAGAUCUGAAAAGUUGAGUAUGAUGCAAGUACCAUGGAAUCUGACUCGUGGCUUACGUCAACUCCUGCAUUGCGAGGGAAAGUUAAUUUGUGUUAUUUCAAAUGGUGGUGAUGAUAUCAUUAUGUGGACUCUGGAGGAUGCAGAGAAACACAAGUGGUCGUAUAAACAUCUUCUUUUACCUUUUUCUCGCCGUGAUCCAGUAGCUAGAACCCGGUUUUCCUUAAAAGGUGUUAAUGCUGCUGGUGAGUUUAUUUAUGUACCAUCAGCUUUAGUGAAUCCGUUUCAUGUUAUUUAUUUUGACCCAAAGGCAGUAAGCUUCAGAAGAGUCGUGGUUGAUGGAGUUGCGGAUUACCAAUUUAGGCGCCAGAAUGGAUUCGGGGACUAUCCUCUCCGAACCUCAAAUGCUUUUUCCAAUCACGUUGAGACUCUCAUGUCAUUGUAAAAGCUUGUCAAAAUUUGCUAAGUUCUUUUAUGUCUUUGUGCCCAAAGAGCAUAUGAAUAAGAAGUCAUUCCAACUUUAUGCAAA